UAUACAUGUAGUAUCAAUACAAAAGUUUCCAAAUGUACGACAUAUUACGCGAUGGCGUAUUUUACAAAUCACCUAUGAACGCAGCACUGUCGAUGGCUGACGUUUGUUUCCCUUUGUUGCCAUGAGUUGAGCAAACUUAAGUCCUGGGAAUGCAGCCGCCGCUUCCAUCCGAGGUGGUCCGAGAGUUGGUGUGCUCCUGUCUGCACAGAGAUCCCGUCGCGGCAGAUCUUCGUUGCAGCCUGUUUGUUGCUGCUGCUCAGAACUACAAGAAGGACUCUUUGCUUCGACCCUUCCCUCCUCGAUACGUACAUGAUGACACUAAAGACUUUGAUGCACUGUUGACAGAUGUGAAUUCCUUCCCUGGUGUGAGAGACUUGGUAAGACUGCGACCAGGAGAGCGAGAGCACCACGUAGCCUUGGCACACUGGAUUCUCUCUUCCAAGAGCUUUGCUGUCAAGACACUACAAAGAGACGAGUAUGGCAAACUUUGUUCCCUGACAGAAAAUGACAGCCUUGCUGCACCUGCGCCAGACUUCCUGUUUGAGCUGGAGUACUGCCAGCAGUUGAAUGCAAGGUUUGACCGGAUGAGAGCAGACCGAGAUGUCUUCUACGCCUUCCAUGGGAGUCGCCUGGAAAACUUUCACUCCAUCAUUCACAACGGGCUGCACUCUCACCUCAACAAGAACUCAGUGUUUGGAGAGGGCACCUACCUCACCAGUGACCUCAGCUUAGCCGUCCUUUACAGUCCCCACAGCAGUGGUUGGCAGGAAAGCCUCCUGGGUCCACUUCUCAGCUGUGUUGCCUUGUGUGAAGUCAUCGAUCACCCAGAUGUUAAGUGUCAGGUGAAGAAAAAAGACUCUGAAAUCCUUGACCGUCAACGUUCACGGGCCAAAAACAGCGAAGGAGGCGACGUGCCACAGAAAUACUUUGUGGUCACAAACAAUCAGCUCUUACGUGUCAAGUACCUGUUGGUUUACUCUCAGAGGAGAUACCUGUCCAGACAUUCCCGCAGUAAUUCCUGGUUCCUGAGACACCACUUUGCCAUCAUGAUGAGUCUCUACCUUCUGCUGCUCAUAUUCAUUGGCACCUUCAACUCCAACGCCUUCAUAUCCUUUUGGAACCGACAAUUCAGAUGACAAGACAAAAAAAACCCCAAAAAACUAACUGACUCGGGUCUUUAUCCACUGUGCCUUCCUGGUCAGACCCCAACUGGAGGCCUCGACUCACUGACUCAUUUCCUACUCGUAGUGAACACAUGACUUCUUCCAACUGUCGUCGCUGUGCAGACACGGGAACUAAAUUGUCAGCAGAUGUAACCGUCUGACUCAGGACUGGGCAAUUGUUUUGACUCAGGGGGCCACAUUUAUAUAUAAAAUAUAUAUACAAACCUCGUGUCCAUAUGAGUUGGGAAAUUGUGUUAGAUGUAAAUAUAAACAGAAUACAAUGAUUUGCUAAUCCUUUUCAACCCAUAUUCAGUUGAAUAUGCUACAAAGACAACAUAUUUGAUGUUCAAACUCAUAAACUUUUUGUUGUUGUUGCAAAUAAUCAUUAAGUUUAGAAUUUGAUGCCAGCAACAUGUGACAAAGAAGUUGGGAAAGGUAGCAAUAAAUACUGAUAAAGUUGAGGAAUGCUCAUCAAACACUUAUUUGGAACAUCCCACAGGUGUGCAGGCUAAUUGGGAACAGGUGGGUGCCAUGAUUGGCUAUAAAAACAGCUUCCCAAAAAAUGCUCAGUCUUUCACAAGAAAAGAUGGGGCGAGGUACACCCCUCUGUCCACAACUGCGUGAGCAAAUAGUCAAACAGUUUAGGAACAACCUUUCUCAAAGUGCAAUUGCAAGAAAUUUAGGGAUUUCAACAUCUACGCUCCAUAAUAUCAUCAAAAGGUUCAGAGAAUCUGGAGAAAUCACUCCACGUAAGCGGCAUGGCCGGAAACCAACAUUGAAUGACCGUGACCUUCCAUCCCUCAGCUGGCACUGUAUCAAAAACCCACAUCAAUCUCUAAAGGAUAUAACCACAAGGGCUCAGGAACACUUUAGAAAACCACUUUCACUGAACACAGUUGGUCUCUACAUCUGUAAGUGCAAGUUAAAGCUCUACUAUGCAAAGCAUAAGCCAUUUAUCAACAACAUCCAGAAACACCGCCGGCUUCUCUGGGCCCGAGAUCAUCUAAGAUGUGGAAAAAGUGUUUGUGGUCUGACGUGUCCACAUUUCAAAUUGUUUUUGGAAAUAUUCGACAUCGUGUCAUCUGGACCAAAGAGGAAGCGAAUCAUCCAGACUGUUAUCGACGCAAAGUUCAAAAAGCCAGCAUGUGUGAUGGUAUGGGGGUGCAUUAGUGCCCAAGGCAUGGGUAACUUACACAUCUGUGAAGGCACCAUUAAUGCUGAAAGGUACAUACAGGUUUUGGAGCAACGUAUGUUGUCUCCCAUGGAAAAUGUGUGGCGCAUUAUGAAGCGUAAAAUAGGACAGCGGAGACCCCGGACUGUUGAAGGACUGAAGCUCUACAUAAAACAAGAAUGGGAAAGAAUUUCACUUUCAAAGCUUCAGCAAUUAGUUUCCUCAGUUCCCAAAUGUUUAUUGAGUGUUGUUAAAAGAAAAGGUGAUGUAACACAGUGGUGAACAUGCCCUUUCCCAACUACUUUGGCACGUGUUGCAGCCAUGAAAUUCUAAGUUAUUUGCAAAAAAUAAAUACAUUUUAUGAGUUAGAACAUCAAAUAUGUUGUCUUUGUAGCAUAUUCAACUGAAUAUGGGUUGAAAAGGAUUUGCAAAUCAUUGUAUUCUGUUUAUAUUUACAUCCAACACAAUUUCCCAACUCAUAUGGAAAGUAAGUUUGUAAAAAAAAAAAAAGCCUAUUAUGAAGGAUAAAACACUGAAUAUUGAAAAAAUAUGAACAUCACACCCCCUUUUGAUCGACAUAUUUUACAAUCAAGUGAAACGCAAUAAAAAUGCAGCAAACCGUGAAAUAUGAACGUGAAGGGUACAAAAUAAAGCCACCUACAAUCUAUAUCUGAUAUAUCACUAAGCUUUAAAAUUUUGUUUUGAAAAUCUCUUUCCAUGUCUGUGGAAACACUUCCUGUCUGAGCUGCUGCGACGUAGAUGACCAUAGUAACUCAUUACAUGACCAUAGUAACUCAUUACAUGACCACAGUAACUAAUUAGAUGACCAUAGUAACUAAUUACAUGACCAUAAUAACUAAUUAGAUGACCAUAGUAACUAAUUACAUGACCAUAGUAAUUAAUUAGAUGACCAUAGUAACUAAUUAGAUGACCAUUGUAACUAAUUAGAUGACCAUAGUAACUCAUUACAUGACCAUAGUAACUCAUUAGAUGACCAUAAUAACUAAUUAGAUGACCAUAAUAAUUACAUGACCAUAGUAACUAAUUAGAUGACCAUAGUAACUAAUUAGAUGAGCAUAGUAACUAAUUACAUGACCAUAAUAACUAAUUAGAUGACCAUAGUAACUCAUUAGAUGACCAUAGUAACUAAUUAGAUGACCAUAAUAGAUGACCAUAGUAACUCAUUAGAUGACCGUAAUAACUCAUUAGAUGACCAUAGUAACUGAUUACAUAAACAUAGUAACUAAUUAGAUAAACAUAGUAACUAAUUAGAUGACCAUAAUAACUAAUUACAUGACCAUAAUAACUCAUUAGAUGACCAUAAUAACUCAUUAGAUGACCAUAGUAACUAAUUAGAUAAACAUAGUAACUAAUUAGAUAAACAUAGUAACUAAUUAGAUGACCAUAGUAACUAAUUAGAUAAACAUAGUAACUAAAUAGAUAAACAUAGCAACUAAUUAGAUAAACAUAGUAACUCAUUAGAGGACCAUAGUAACUCAUCAGAUAAACAUAGUAACUAAUUAGAUAAACAUAGUAACUCAUUAGAUAAACAUAGUAACUACUCACAUUAACAUAGUAACUAACUAGAUGACCAUAGUAACUAAUUAUAUGACCAUUGUAACUAAUUAGUUGACCAUAGUAACUAAUUACAUGACCAUAGUAACUAAUUACAUGGCCAUAGUAACUAAUUAGAUGACCAUAGUAACUAAUUACAUGACCAUAGUAACUAAUUACAUGACCAUAGUAACUCAUUACAUGACCAUAAUAACUCAUUAGAUGACCAUAGUAACUCAUUAGAUGACCAUAGUAACUCAUUAGAUGAGCAUAGUAACUCAUUAGAUGACCAUAGUAACUCAUUAGAUGACCAUAGUAACUCAUUAGAUGACCAUAGUAACUCAUUAGAUGACCAUAGUAACUCAUUAGAUGACCAUAGUAACUCAUUAGAUGACCAUAGUAACUCAUUAGAUGAGCAUAGUAACUCAUUAGAUGACCAUAGUAACUCAUUAGAUGACCAUAGUAACUCAUUAGAUGACCAUAGUAACUCAUUAGAUGACCAUAGUAACUCAUUAGAUGACCAUAGUAACUAGUAUAUAAUCCCAAAGCGCAGAUUCCAUGCAUUGAAAUACUUAGUAUAGUUGAAGACUUGUGGUCAUUAUAAAAGAUGAGUGCACAUCAUAAUGGCAGCUACACUUUACAUCUUAAACAUCUAAACAAAGGAUUUGGGAAUAUCCGGGGGGCCGCAUGUGGCCCCGGGCCUUCAUUGCCCAGGUCUGGUCUGACUUCUUCCUUUUUAAUAUGUCUGUGUAAAAAUAAAAGUACAGCACAGUCUACCAAGUUAAAAACCUCUUUUGGGUUGUGAAAUGAAUCACCUGUGCAGAUUUGUAAAGAAAAGUCUUCCUCCCAUUGACCAAAGCUGUCAUGCAUGACUUGACACGAGAUCUACUACACACCUUGCUGGACUUGACACGAGAUCUACUACACAUGCAUGACUUGACACGAGAUCUACUACACACCUUGCAUGAUUUGACACGAGAUCUACUACACAUGCAUGACUUGACACGAGAUCUACUACACACCUUGCAUGACUUGACACGAGAUCUACUACACACCUUGCAUGACUUGACACGAGAUCUACUACACAUGCAUGACUUGACACGAGAUCUACUACACACCUUGCUGGACUUGACACGAGAUCUACUACACACCUUGCAUGACUUGACACGAGAUCUACUACACACCUUGCUGGACUUGGAGGCAGCAAGCAUAGGAUUAUUCAACACUUGGCGAGAUCACAGCGGGACAAUAUUUCUCAACCACAGUCGCAAAUGAGAUCUUUGUUUUGUUCACUUUAUUAAAAGACUGUAUUCUUCUUAUAAGUACUAUUGAUUCACUUCCAGUAUGUACAGUUGUGCUCAUAAGUUUACAUACCCAUGAUUUCUUGGCCAUUCUUCAGAGAAUAGAAAUGACAACACAAAAACCUUUCUUCCACUCAUGCUAAACAGUUGUGGGAAGAUAUUUAUUGGCAAACAACUGGGUUUACUCUUUUUAAAUGAAAAUGACAAAAGAAAGUGAUGAAAGUUGACAUAGCGCAGUUGUUAACACCGCGUUUUGCCCCCUUUGAUGUCAAUGACAGCUUAAAGUCUUUCGUGGUAGUUGUGGACACGGUUCUUUAUUUUCUCAGAUGGCAAAGCUUCUUGGCAAAAAGAAUGAUAACUUGUGUUGUCAUUCAUAUUCUCUGAAGAAUGGCCAAGAAGUCCAAUAUUCUCCCAGGGAAUGAUCUCUCAUGAGCACAACUGUAAGUGUUGGACCACUUCCGGGUGACUCAACUUAUCUGCUUGAUUACGCAUUCUUUCCACUGAUUGUCAAUAAAGGGCAAAAUCUAAUGACUAUGAAAAUCAAAGACAACCUUAAUUAUUUUAUCAGUAUUAGACUUAUUUAAUUUAUGCAAAUUCAACUGUUAACAUUUUUAGUUAAAAUUCCUGAAUGAAGCAACCGUCAAAUGCAUAUUAUGUUCAUUCUUCGGUCAUGCAUGGAAAAACAUUUCAAAACCCACUUGCAUUGUUUAGUGACUCGGUUAAAUAGAAUUCAGUGGAACCUUGAUUUACAAACUUCUGAAUUGGUUCUUGUGAUGGAGUCUUGCUGUCUUGUGGCUUCCAUGGACCAGCAAAUAGAGACAUUCUCUAGCACGGUUGUGACUUUGUUGAUGUUUUCAAAUAAAAACCUCAGUCCAG